GUUCUGUGGGAUUGGUUGGCAUUCCUGCGCCUGUCUGACAUAUUGCGAUAACAAAUAUUGUGCGAUGUGAAACGUUUUAAACAAUUUUCCGACCCCAAGCGUCCAAAUUGUCUCCCCAGACCGCAAUUUGACGAAACAAAGACUGCGGCGUCGUAUUUAUCGAGAUGUACAACGGGAUCGGUCUGCAAACCCCCCGAGGUUCCGGGACCAACGGGCACGUCCAGCGCAACUGGGCGCUCGUGAAGCCGCGCGAGAAGGAGAAAACGUACAAGACCGAGCAGGAACUGUGCAACCUGGACGUCGCCAGCCACAAGCCGCCCAACCAGGAGAUCCUGGACCACGAGCGCAAGCGGAAGAUCGAGCUGAAGUGCGCGGAGUUCGCCGACAUCCUCGAGGAGCAAGGUUUUUCGCAGGAGGCGAUCAACAACAAGGUGGGCAACUACCGCAAGCUGCUGCUGGGGCAAGGGGGCAAGCUGGAGCGGCCGGUCAGCCACUGGGGGCGCCCCGCUGUCACUGAGACUCAUCAAGUGGCCGAAGCCCAACAAGAGAAGAACGCAAGGCUUCGUGAAGCCUUCGGAAUUUCGGAAUAUUUCGUAGAUGGCAGUAGUUUCGAUCCGGAUCGCGAAGCCAAAGAAAAAAUCGCACGUUCGAAUGCGAUACAAGAGAAGGAAAAACAGAAAGCCAUAGAGGAAGAGAAGAAGAAGGACGAGGAGAAGAAGAAAGAUAAAGACACGACGCGGUACGAACUUGUGCACACGCCAAGUCCCGAACCCGAGGCCAAAAGUGUGAAGAAGAAGAAACGCAAACGUAAAGAAAGCUCGUCGAGUGAAGAGCCCGCAAAAAAGAAGAAAAAGUCCAAGAAGAAGAAGAAAGAGAGGUCCGGCAAAGUGAAAGAGAAGAAGAAGUCGAAGAAGAAGCGCCGAAGAUCGUCGGCGUCGAGCGACUCCAGCGACGAUUCGGACUCGGAGUCGGAAAAGUCCGACGAUUCGAGCAGCGAAGAAGAGAAGAAGCGGAAGAAGAAAGUCAAGAAGAAAGAGAAAAAGAAAGCAAAUAAGAAGAAGAAGCACUCGACUUCUGACAGUUCACGAGAAAGCUCUCCUGAACCGAAAAAAACGAAAAAAACAAACGACAAAACUAGAGAAGAACCCCGUCACAAAUCACCAUCACCCAAACGUAAACCCUCCCCCUCGCCACCACCCCCUCGUGCCGUAGACAAACGCCGAUCACCAACGCCUCCCAAGACCAAACCACGGCGUAGUCGAUCGCCCCGUCGCCGCUACUCCCGAUCAAGAGACCGUAGAGAUUACCACCAAAGUCGUAACAAUUACCCGCGAAGAUACGAAGAGCCGAAAAAACGGCGACGAUCACGUUCGAGAACACCCGACCGUCGCCCGAUCCGGCGCACGAAAACGCCCGAACGGCGUCCAAAGUCGCCCGAACGGCGCCGAAAGGAGCCCGAAGUGCGGACGCCGCCCCGGAAACAGCCGAGUCACUCCGAUUCGGAUUCGGAGCGACGGAGGAAAAAGAAAGAGAAGAAACCGUUGCCGGUGGUGCGUUUGCGGUCGUCGAGCGACGAGGAGCCGGUGGCCGGGGAUGUGAAGGAGGAGGAGGUGGAGGAGGACAAGGAUUUGAGGAUGUUGAGGUUGCUGAAGUCGGGUUUGGCCGCCAAGGCCAAGGAGAGCUUGCAGAGGAAGAUGCCGAAGCCGGUUUUUGAGGCGCGGAAAAAAUCGCCGAGUCCGGCGAAAGUCGCCGAGAAGAAGGGCAUCGAAGCGGAUGUUUUUGAUAUUAGGGUUUUGCCCCUGAAGAGGGACAAGUCGAAGAGUGAGAGUCGGGAGAAGGAGGUGGAUAAGGAUCGGUUUGAUUUGAGUAAUGCCAAUGGGAAGGCGAGGAGUGCGCCGAGCUCGAGCAAGUCGCGGUCGAGGAGCUCCUCCAGGUCCAGUUUUCGGUCGUCGUCGUCGAGCAGCAGCCGCUCCAGGUCGGGGUCCAGGUCGGUGUCGAGGAGCAGUCGCUCGAGCUCCGACUCGGACAGCUCCUCGAGCUCGAGCAGCGCGUACAGGUCCAGGUCCCCGUCGAUUCCGCGGCGCCAUGGCUCCCCCAGCUUCCUCGACAGGAGAAGAAUCACGAGCGCAAGGAAGAGGCCUAUUCCGUAUCAUAGACAGACGCCGAGUUCGCCCUCUUCGGAGAGCAGCUACAGCGGGAGUCCGUGGUGCUCCCGAAGGAGGUCGACGAGUCGGUCGGUUAGCCCUUCGUCUAGGUCCCCAUCGCAUUCUCCUCUUCAUUCACCGCGGUCACCUUAACUAGUGCAAUAACUCGCUUUUACUCAUUUCUAACACUUACUAACGGUGACAACCCUUAGAUAAUCACGAUUAUGACUCUAUGGUAAUUGUUGGUGGACAUGAUGUAACAUAAUUAGCUUUCAGUUCUAGCCUUGUGCAAUUUUUCUAGUCAAAUGAUAUUUUGUGAUAUUUUCGCUGUUAUUUAUUUAUUUCGACUCAUUAUUUAUUGUAGAAAAGGUAUUGUAAACACUAAUAAAAUAUCCACAUAACAA